AUAGAGAGUUUCGACACGAUUCCCCUUUAUUGUCCUUAUUGAUUCUCAUAAUUCAGCGUCAAAAUGACAAUCUGAAACGUGUUAACCUAUUAAUAUCAGAUCGUGCUGUUUCCAAUGUUAUCGUCAUUUAUAUUUGCUACAAUCAAACUGGUGGCGAUAAUGGUAUUAUUGAUUCUUAUUGCUUAUAUGAGAACACCGAAAUUCCUGUUGAGGAUAAUGUUCGAAAAACCUGUCAUUGAACACGUUAAUUAUUCAGAAAGUGGAAAUAACCAGGUUAUUGGGUCACUAUACCCUACUGGAUUUCAAAUGUCCAACCCUCACUUGUGUCCUGAUGAAGGUCUAAACAUUUCUCUUCUCAUAGCAGUGUUCUCCAGGCCAUCGCUAAAGAUGUCACGCAAUGCUAUCAGAAAAACUUGGGGACAAUUUUCGAAGCGAAGAGAUGUAUCCAUUGUGUUCUUCGUAGGUCAAACCGACAACGAAGUGACCAAAAUCCAUCUAGAUUUCGAACAGGAAUACUUCGCAGAUAUAGUGCAAGGAAGGUUUUCAGAUACAUAUUUCAAUUUGACCUUGAAGACGCUUUCAAUUCUGGAAUGGGUGCAGACUUUCUGCCCGAAAGCAGAUUUUCUUUUGAAAACUGACGAAGAUGUGUUUGUUCACGUAGAUAACCUCCUAGAAUUAUUGACAACGCUGGAUGUGGAAGCUAAGAAGAUUUACGGCGGGAUCGUGAAGAAGCUGGAACCUUACCGUAACGAGAAGAUAAAAUAUUUCAUAUCAACUGAGCAGUACAAACUGGAUCGAUUUCCAGAUUUUAUGGGUGGUCCUGGUUAUCUGUUCGCUGCCAGAUUGGCUGCAGAUUUAUAUUCGACUGCAUUGCAACUUUCGUAUAUCAAAGUCGAGGAUGUUUUAUUUACAGUUACAGGAUUGGUUUAACGAAUUAUGACAUGAGGCGGGCUGUUAUUCUACACAGUGUGUCAAGGAGUGAACAGUUUUAUAUCUGGAGGAUGAUACAUAGGAAGAAAAGGACUCUCUCGGAAUUGGAGCAAGAAAUAUUUUUCUCUCC